AUGGUAGAGGAAACAGAGUCCGAGCCUCGAGAGGAAAAUGGGCUGCGAGGGGAGGAGGGCAGUGAGGAAGCGAUCGCCAAGCCUCCGCCAAUGAAAAGAGGGUUCCAGUUCUGGACUAUAAUCUUUACACUCUGUGUGACCGGUCUCCUAGGGGCACUCGAGAAUACGGUGGUUUCGACUUCAAUGCCAACAAUUGUGGAGGACCUGAAUAUUGGCGAAAACUAUAUCUGGAUCACGAAUGCCUUCUUCCUCACUAGUGCAGCGGUUCAGCCCCUAUUUGGGCAGCUAGCUAAUGUCUUCGGUCGUCGAUGGUUGACGAUGUUUAUCGUCGCUGUCUUCACCCUGGGAAGCGGCAUCUGUGGUGGCGCAAAUGGCGCGAACAUGCUCAUCAUUGGACGCGCCGUUCAAGGAAUUGGAAGUGGUGGUAUCAAUAUGAUCGUCGACGUGAUCGUCUCGGAUCUCGUUCCAUUGCGUGAGCGCGGGAAUUUCAUCGCCAUCGUGCUCACCGUGUACUCGAUUGGCAGCUCGAUGGGCCCCUUUGUAGGAGGAAUCAUUGUCCAGCGAACAACUUGGAGAUGGGUCUUCUAUAUCAACCUACCUGUUGGCGGGUUUUCGCUGGUGCUUCUGUUCCUAUUUCUACACACUAACUAUCAGCGCGAUACAACGUUUUCCCAGAAGGUCAAGCGUAUCGACUAUAUCGGCAAUAUCCUCAUCAUGGGGGCUACGGCAGCGGUACUCUGUGCAUUGACAUACGGGGGCUCACGCUAUGCAUGGAGCUCGUGGCGGAUUAUCGUGCCGUUGGUGCUAGGACUUGUUGGGCUGGUUAUAUUUAUGAUCUUCGAACAAUCCCGGUUCUGUCGGGAGCCUGUGGUACCACCGCGCCUAUUCAAAAACCGAACCUCCCUCGUGGUCUUCAUCAACACAUACUUGUUCACGGUUCUCCUCUACUGGGUGCUGUUCUUCAUCCCGGUUUACUUCCAGGCUAUUUUGGGGUCUUCGCCAGCCCGAGCGGGUGUUCAAAUGCUGCCUAUUACCCUCGUUGCGAUCCCCGGCGCCGUGAUUGCAGUUAUCAUCCUCUCAAAGUUUGGAAAGUACAAAGCCCUUCACAUGGUAGGGUUCAUCAUCCUCACGUUGGGUAUGGGCCUAUUUGCCUACCUCGAUCGCUACUCCUCCGAUGCGGAGUGGAUUAUUUUCCAAAUUAUUGCCGCGCUUGGAUCUGGUAUGGUCCUAAACACCUUGCUCCCGGCCUUCCAAGUCCCCAUUGCAGAGUCGGAUCAGGCGGCAGCCACGGCAACCUGGGCAUUCAUGCGGAGCUUCGGCAAUAUAUGGGGGGUGGCUAUUCCCGCUAGCAUCUUCAACAAUCAGUUCAACAAGUAUGCCUAUCGCAUUUCAGAUGCUAGCGUGCGACAACUACUCUCCAAUGGCCACGCCUACCAGCACGCGUCCGAUACGUUUAUUGACAGCCUGAAGGAUCCUAUGAAGAGCGAGGUUAUGGGGGUAUUUUCUGACUCCCUUAAACUUGUCUGGUUCGUAUCGAUUGCUUUCUGCGGUCUUGCUUGCAUAUUGGUGAUCUUUGAAAAAGAGGUACCUUUGCGCAAAGAGCUUGAUACAGAUUAUGGCAUGGUGGAAAAAGACGCUAUUCAGGCAAAGAAAGGGGAUAUUCCCGACGUUGAAAAAGCAGGCGCAGACACAUCAGACACAUCGCAGACAUUAGGGUAA